CAUUCGGACCCAGAAUAUGUUACAAAGACAACGAACACUGGUUUCUACAGAAACGCGAGGUCGCGCUAUCGAAGAUUCGUUCAUUUGGAGUAAUACACAAGGACGUGGCAUGGCGCAACGUUCUAUGGAACGAGGAAACUAGCAGCGCCAUUAUGAUCGAUUUCGAGGACGCUAUUCUGACACUGACACUGCAGUCUCGGAGUCGACAUCUGAAUGCUCAGAAGCCACAAAGUGACAAAUCUCUGCUGAGUCUGGAUAGAGGUCCAAGCCGGCAGCCUCUGAAUCAAGUAUCUGGAAAUCAUUUCAAUCGAAAGGGGAAUCACAAGCCUGGGAAUGGCUCCGACGACGAGCAGUUGCUAGUCCCAUUAGUGGAACCUCUAACAGCACCCAUAGAUCACUGA